AUGGCUGCCGCCGCAGAGGCCCCAGGGGCCCGGCUGGGGAGCGACCCUCGAGCGAUCGGCAGGGCCGUGAAGCGGCUGCAGCGCCUGCAAGCCCGGUGCAGGGACCCCCGGCUCGCCACCAGCCCGCCCUCGCUGCGCACCCUGCUGCCCGGUCUCGCGCGGCUGCUGCGGGAUGUGGACCAGGCCCGGGCCCAGCCGCCCGGCCCCAGGGACGACGCCUUCGAGGGGCCCGGAGGGGCCGGCCACUUCCUCGCCAUCUACCUGGGCAACCUGGAGGCCAAGGGCAGGCAGCUGGCGGCCCUGCUGCCCAGGGAGGGCAAGGCGGCCGACGACCAGCUCUUCCAGGAGGGCACCUCGCCCAGGAGGCAGCUGGCCAAGCUGGCGUUGAUCUUCAGCCACAUGCACGCGGAGCUGGGUGCACUCUUUCCGGGGGGCAAGUUCUGUGGUCACCUGUACCAACUCACCAAGCCACCCGCACAUGCCUUCUGGAGGGAGGUCUGCGGGACCCGUUGUGUGGUGUCCUGGGCUGAGUUCCAGUCGCUCUUGGCCACCUUCCACCUUGUGACCUCAGGCCCCAUGGCCCAGGCCUUGCGCUCCACUGUGGAUAUCACCUGCAGCGGCCACAUUUCCGUCUUCGAGUUUGACAUCUUCACCCGCCUCUUCCAGCCUUGGCCGACGAUCCUGAGGAACUGGCAGCUCCUGGCAGUCAACCACCCGGGAUACAUGGCCUUCCUCACCUAUGAAGAGGCACAGGCGCGCCUGCGGGCCUGCAAACACAAGCCGGGCAGCUACAUCUUCCGGCCCAGCUGCACUCGCCUGGGGCAGUGGGCCAUCGGCCAUGUGAGCAAGGACGGCAGCAUCCUGCAGACCAUUCCCCCCAACAAGCCCCUGUUCCAGGUGCUUCUGGAAGGACAGAAGGAUGGCCACUACCUCUACCCGGACGGGAGGAACCACAACCCGGACCUCACUGAGCUCUGCCAGACAGAUGCCCAUCAGCACAUCCACGUGCCUGAGGAGCAGCUGCAGCUAUACUGGGCCAUGAAUUCCACCUUCGAGCUGUGCAAAAUCUGUGCUGAGAAUGACAAGGACGUGAAGAUCGAGCCCUGCGGCCACUUGCUGUGCAGUCACUGCCUGGCCUCCUGGCAGCUCUCCGACAGCACCACCUGCCCCUUCUGUCGCUGCGAGAUCAGGGGCCAAGAGCCCAUCAGCAUCCACCAGCUCCCCAGGGACUCGCUGGCUGCUGACACCUCCAGAAACCACUGCGACCCAGGGGACCAGGAACAGGUGAGGGACAUGGCGGAACUCCCAGUCUGA